AUGUUGAAAAUACCGAGGCUAACCCAGGCUUCUACUUUUAACUUUUUUUUUGCAAACACCAAGAAGAGUUUUCUAAGUGAUCAAAAUUUCAUAGGAAAUCAGUUCUUAUGGGGAAUAAAUCGAAGCUAUAUCGCAAGCCCAGCAAAGAAAGAUCACGGCACUUCAUACGAGUCCAAUUUGAAGUCCUCUCAUGAAAGGAAUAACACGAGCUCGAAAUCAGUGUUGGAAGAUGUUGCCUCAAAAGUUCUCAACUGCCAGGAACCUGAAGCAAAGCUGUCUCAGAAAUUGCAUAGCACAAACCAGAAUUUGCAUAUUCCCUUCAAAGUAAAUCAUAAGGAUCCAAGACCGAAAAGUAGGAAUAAUGCCCAAGAGAAUUUAAAGGAUAUUGUCAGACCCUACAUCAAAUUAACGAAACCAAACUUGACUAUCCUUGUAACUUUAAGUUCAAUUUGUUCGUAUGCCAUUUCACCAUAUGCCGUAUCGUUACCAGAACUUAUGUUACUUACCUUAGGGACUGCUCUCUCAUCUGGGGCGGCCAAUGCUAUAAACAUGGGGAGAGAGCCUGAAUUUGACAGAAGAAUGCCUAGGACCACGGGCCGUCCAGUAGUAAGGGGAUUAGUCGCUCCACAUCAGGCCUACGCAUUUGCCGCUUUAACGGGUACUUUAGGAAUUGCUAUGCUUUAUAUCGGUGUUAAUCCUACUGUUGCAUUUUUGGGUUUAUUGAAUAUUGUUCUAUAUUCAUGGAUCUAUACAUCUUUGAAAAGAAUAUCAAUAAUUAAUACAUGGAUUGGUGCCAUAGUAGGGGCAAUACCUCCAUUGAUGGGGUGGGUUGCUUCCUCUCCGUUAAGUCUCCCCGGUGCUUGGUGUCUCGCAGGCUUAUUGUACGCUUGGCAAUUUCCGCAUUUCAAUUCCUUGUCACACAACAUAGCUGACCAAUACAAGAAUGCUGGAUAUGUGAUGACUGCAGCAGAGAACCCGAAGUUAAAUGCCAGAGUUGCCUUACGAUAUUCAAUAUUAAUGUUCCCAUUAUGCUUCGGUCUAAGUUAUUUUGGCGUAACUGACUGGAUUUUUCCGUUUGACUCAGCGAUUGCUAACGGUUGGUUAACCUAUCUAGCUUUUACAUUUUGGAAUCAGCAAAGAAAGAACUAUUACAAUGGAUCAAAGCCGACGAAAGAAGGCAUAUUGGCAGCGAGUGUCUCCGCAAAGAAGCUAUUUUGGUGUUCCGUAUGGCAACUUCCUGCAGUUUUAAUAUUAGCGAUGCUACAUAAAAGAGGGCAAUGGGACAGAAUCUUGUCAUACAUAGACAAUAGUGAGUAA